CCAACCCUGUAUCCCAUCGUUUACUGCUCCGAUGGGUUCUGCGAGCUGACCGGGUUUGCCAGGGCGCAAAUAAUGCAGAAGGGGUGCGCCUGCAAGUUCCUUUACGGUCCAGAGACCAAAGAAGAGCACAAGUCGCAAAUCGACAAGGCCCUGGAAUCGAAAAACGAACUGAAACUCGAAGUUAUAUUUUAUAAGAAGAACGGUACUCCAUUUUGGUGUUUGCUGGACAUAGUACCAAUUAAAAAUGAGAAAAGAGAAGUGGUUCUGUUUCUCGCUUCGCACAAAGACAUCACGAAUACGAAAAUGGCCGAAAUGUCAGAAUGUGAAUUAUAUGAUAGUGCCGCAGUGCUGGGGGCCAGGUUCCACGGUACGGCCGAUUCCUGUCUCCUCUCGGACAAGGUCAACGGGAACCUGGACGAUCCAGAGGCACCACCAGCCAACUACGGAAGGAGAAGAUCCAGGGCGGUACUGUAUCAGCUGAGCGGGCACUACAAACCGGAUAAAAUGAAGACCAAGCUAAAAUUGAACAAUAAUCUGCUUAGUUCAACGCCUCAACCUCUGCCCGAAUACAAGACAGCAGCUGUCAAAAAGAGUCGGUUUAUCAUAUCGCACUACGGCAUCUUCAAGAACGCCUGGGAUUGGCUCAUUCUCAUAGCCACGUUCUACGUUGCGGUGGUUGUGCCUUACAAUGCCAGUUUCCUCAGACCGGAAACGGAAAGACCGUCUGUCAUCAUGGACGUCUUCGUGGAGGCGUUGUUUUUUAUUGAUAUAUUAUUAAAUUUUCGUACGACUUUUGUAAAUAAAAAGGGCGAAGUGGUGUCAGACUGGAGGUCAAUUUCUGUCAAUUAUUUGAGGACGUGGUUCGUGGUGGACUUCCUGGCAGCACUGCCCUUUGACUUGCUCUACGCCCUUUACGGAGAAGAGUCUGGUCCCUCGCAUACUCAUCUCAUCAAACUCACCAGGUUGUUAAGGCUACUAAGGCUGUUACAGAAAAUCGACAGGUACUCGCAGUACAGCGCCAUGAUUCUGACGUUGCUCAUGCUCUCGUUCACUCUGGUAGCUCACUGGUUGGCCUGCAUAUGGUACGUCAUAGCUCAGGAAGAAUUAGAAACAGAUUUGGGUUGGAUUAGAGCUCUAGCCGACAGACUGAAAAUCAACGAACUAGGAAAUGUAUCCAACACCGACGCGUAUGUUACAGCACUCUAUUUCACCUGUUCCAGUUUGACAAGCGUAGGUUUUGGAAACGUCAGUGCCAAUACUACCAACGAAAAAAUAUUCAGCAUAUGCGUCAUGCUAAUAGGAGCUUUGAUGCACGCCGUGGUAUUCGGCAACGUCACCGCUAUAAUCCAGAGAAUGUACUCUAGGCGCUCUUUGUACCACACGAAAUGGCGCGAUCUCAAAGACUUCUUCACCCUCCACCAGAUCCCCAAAGAGCUGAAGAACAGGAUGCAGGACUACUUCCAGACGACUUGGUCCCUAAACCACGGCAUCGACAUUCACGAAACACUGAAAGAGUUUCCUGAGGAACUUCGAGGCGAUGUUUCCAUGCAUUUGCACCGCGAGAUCCUGCAGCUUCCCAUUUUCGAAGCUGCCUCGCAGGGCUGCUUAAAGCUGCUCUCCCUGCAUAUCAGGACGAAUUUUUGCGCCCCUGGAGAGUAUCUGAUCCACAAGGGGGAUGCAUUAAGUUAUAUUUAUUAUAUUUGCAACGGGUCCAUGGAGGUAGUGCAGAAUAAUAUGGUGGUGGCCAUUCUGGGCAAGGGCGACCUGGUCGGCUCCGACAUCAACAUGCACCUGCAACACUCCAGCAACGGGGGAAUGGUGUGCACUGAGGGCGGCGGGGGCGGCAACAGAGGGGGCGUCUCCCCCGACAUCGUAAUCAAGUCCAGCAGCGAUGUGCGGGCCCUGACCUACUGCGAUCUCAAGUGCAUCCACAUGCAGGGCCUGGUCGACGUACUGAGGUUGUAUCCAGAAUAUCAACAACAGUUUGCCAAUGAUAUUCAGCACGAUCUUACCUUUAACGUGAGGGAAGGCUAUGAGGCGGAGGCGGAAUCUGAAGGUAACGGUGUACCAACUCUCACGCUUCCCAGCAUCAGCGAGGACGACGAAAACGCUCACGAGGAAGCGGCAACGUCGCCAGGUGCCUCACCUAAUCGCUCACCGGUUCACACCAUGUCCAACAGCCCUCGACAUGCCAAAUUUAACUUAAGAUUACAAGAAAUCCACGACAGUAUUCCGCCGAGACGUCACAGGUUAGGCGGUGUUGCCACCAAUCACUUGGCGAUGUUGAGGGAGAGAGUGGAACGGCAACGCAGCGUAAUAGUGCCUCAUUCCAAGUAUAGUUCGUACGAAGAGCUAGAAACCAAGACGGAGAUGGAGUGUGGAAAUAAGGAUAGUGUGGAGAGGCUGGAUAGUCAGAUAUCUUCGUUGCAUCAAGAUGUGGCGGCACUUAGUAUAGAAGUACGCAACGCCAUCCAGGCUCUUCAAGAAAUGGCCACACCCUCCUCUGGACACGGUUCGGUCCACUACUCAGCUCAUUCCAACCCCAACAUAGCCGAUUUCAGGCAUUCCUCCUCCAUGCUGGCCAGAAGCAACUCCCAUCCCCCCGAAAUGUUCUGCUGGGACGGUCCACCACCAUCCCCCAGACCCAUCAUCUCCAUCACAGUGGCUGACAAGGAGACCCAGACGGAAAACGAAGAGAUUUUGAGGAAAUUCGUCCUGGAAAACCCGAAAGUCAUCCUGGAAAUCCUCGGCCUGGACUCGGAAAAGGUCCUGAACAAGGUCAACUUGAAGAAGAGUCAUAGUAACCCGGACUAUACGUGUAAGACUGACAGUUGUGUGGCUAAACAAGACUGUAGUAUAAUUGUGGAUGAGGACAGUGAAAGUGAACAGGAGAGUACGCCAUUUUUGUGGAGCCAACAGGGUAGUAAUGGUAAGAGGGUGCAGAUUUUCGAGAACUUGAACUUGAACAGAGGUCAGGGGAUGUUAAAGUAUCGAAAAAGUAUAGAUAGCUAAAUGUAUGGUGAUUGUAGAUUAGUUUUUUACUUCUUAUAAUAUACUAAGAUGAGUUUUUCUAUUGAUUGAGAUCCUGUUUAUGUCUUAAUGGAACAGUUAAUCUGUUAAAAAUAUAUUAAGAAAUAUUUUAAAAACCACACAAAAAAGACACCAAAGGUAUAAAAAUUGGGAAUAAACUAAAUAAUACUUAUUCUAUAGAAUGUCUAGUCAUCGUUCAACGUCCCGUCGUAUAUUAUCGAACUCUCUCAA